UAUAAACUGUCUUAUUCUUCAACCCAUGUUGCCUCUAAGGCUAUAAAUCCCAACCAAAAGUUCAAUCAUGAUGCUAAUAAUAAUAACUAAACGCAUCACAACUGUAGAGUUUCCGAAUUAUUUAUUUUAUUUGAUCAGUAUUGCUCAAAAAAAUGAGCAACUCUUGCACAACCCAGAAGUUAAAUGGCAAAGUGGCAAUCAUCACCGGCGGUGCAAGUGGAAUCGGGGAAGCCACCGCCCGUAAGUUCGCCGAACACGGUGCACGCGCGGUGGUGAUCGCGGACGUGCAAGAAGAAAAGGGCCGUCAAGUAGCGGAGUCAAUCGGAUCGGAUCGCUGCAAUUUCAUCAAGUGCGACGUCACCGACGAGGAGCAAGUCAAGUCUCUCGUGAAAUCAACGGUGGAAAAACACGGUCAACUCGACAUCAUGUACAGCAAUGCCGGGAUGGUCACCAAAGGUCUGCAGGACACGCUGAGCUUCGAUCUGGACGCGUACGAUAAACUUUUCUCGGUCAACGUCCGCGGAAUGGCGGCCUGCGUGAAACACGCGGGCCGGGCUAUGGUGGACGGCGGCGAUCGGGGGAGCAUCAUUUGCACGGCCAGCGUCAUGGCUUAUUGCGGAUCGGCCCACAGUAUUGAUUACACGAUGUCGAAGCACGCGGUUUUGGGGCUGGUCCGGUGCGCGAGUAAAGGGCUCGGUGAACACGGGAUUCGGGUGAAUUGUGUGGCACCGGGCCCGAUCGCAACGCCGAUGACGUGCGGGGCGAUGGGGAUGAGCCCGGAGGAGCUGGAGAAGAGAUUCGAGGAUGAUUUUGUUAUGAAGAAGUCGGGUUAUUUGAAACCGGAAAAUGUUGCGGAUGCGGUGUUGUUUUUGGCUUGUGAUGAUUCCAAAUUUGUGACUGGGCAUAAUUUGGUAGUGGAUGGUGGUUACGUACCCAGGGGUUGAUAAAUUAUUGUUGGAAUUAUUAAAUCAAGAGUAGUUUGCCAGCUUUUAUAUGCAAUUAUUUUCAUGGAUGUGCAGUUAAUAUCAAUUUUUUGUUUCCAGCAACAGCUUUAAUUUUAGUGUAAAAAGGCUGCCGAAUGCGUUUAAAUCCAAUUCUUCAAACUUCCUCAGCAUUUCAAACAUUUUCAAACCACGUCUUGUCACUAUUGACUUAACUAA